GUGGUGGGUAGGCUUUAGGAAUCAUCUACAGGGUCACUAGCUAAGCGUGAUGUGAGCGGUUCUCACAGUGUUUCCAUUAAAGGAAAAAACGACCACAUUUGCUUAAUCUAUAGGGAAUUGCGAAUGUUGUUUUGGUAGUAAUCCAAUUCAGGACAGUCCAGCUCGAUUCAUUUUCAAGUUGUAAACUGUACCUUUUUAAAAUUCUGUCACGCUCAGCGGAACCGGUCUUCUGAUUUGCCAAUGUAAUGCACUUUCCGGAAAGCAUGUCGCCACCACCUUGUGCCUUUCACAAGCAGUGACUCUGCGGCGUCACGCAGGUGCUUGAAGAAACAGAAUCAUGGACAUUUCUGCACGCAUUUCCUUCCCUGAUCAAGUUUAAAAGAGUCGGCGCUCGUGGACGGACCCUCCCCCUCACCCCCCCCACCUGAGCGCUCAGGACCUGUGUGAAUCCCUGUGGUUUGUCACGCCGGUUCCUCCCGCAGCAUGUCAGGAAGCUUCACUCCGGCCCCUGGGGGCCCCUUUUCUGCAUUAACUCCCAGCAUGUGGCCUCAGGACCUACUGGCCAAGUACUACCAGAAGGACUCCCCGGAUGAACCGGAACCCCAGUACGAUGAGUUCGGUUUCCGGAUUGACAGCGAAGACGGCGUGGAGCUUCAGGAGGGCGUGGUCCGAGAGGGCGGGCCCCAGCGCGAGGACCCCCAGCAGAGGCUGCGCUGGCAGGCUCACCUGGAGUUCACCCACAACCACACGGUGGGGGACCUGACCUGGGACCUGAUCUCGCCCUGCCUGCCCCGCUCCGACCGGCUGAGGGCGCUGGUGCUGGGGGGCAUCCCGCACAGCAUGAGGCCACAGCUGUGGAUGCGUCUGUCUGGCGCUCUGCAGAAGAAGCGCACGUCGGAGAUCUCCUACAGAGAGAUCAUUAAGAACAGCUCUAACGAUGACACCACCGCUGCUAAGCAGAUUGAGAAGGAUCUGCUGCGCACCAUGCCCACUAACGCGUGCUUCAGUAGCCUGCUCAGCGUUGGCGUUCCCAGGCUACGGCGGGUGUUGCGGGGGCUGGCGUGGCUCUACCCGGACAUCGGGUACUGCCAGGGCACCGGCAUGGUGGUGUCGUGCCUGCUGCUGUUUGUGGAGGAGGAGGACGCUCUGUGGAUGAUGUGCGCUCUGAUAGAGGACCUCCUGCCCCCGUCCUACUUCUCCUCCACCCUGCUGGGGGUGCAGACGGAUCAGCGGGUGCUCCGGCAGCUCAUCGUGCAGUACCUGCCCCGCCUGGACCGGCUGCUGCAGGAGCACGACAUCGAGCUGUCUCUCAUCACCCUGCACUGGUUCCUCACCUCCUUCGCCAGUGUUGUGGACAUCCGCGUGCUCCUGCGCAUCUGGGACCUGCUCUUCUACGAGGGCUCCGUGGUGCUCUUCCAGGUCACACUGGGCAUGCUCAAAUUCAAGGAGGAGGAGCUUGUGUCCUCAGAGAACUCGGCCUCCAUUUUCAACACGCUGUCGGACCUGCCCAGCCAGCUGCAGGACGGGGCGGUGGUGCUGGGGGAGGCGGUGCGUCUGGCGGGGUCGCUGUCCCAGGAGAACCUGGAGGCGCAGCGUCACAAGCACCUGGCCUACAUCCUGGCCGAGCAGGCGCAGCUCAACUCCAACAGCGCCCACACCCUCACCUCCAACCUCAACAAGGUUGUUCGCAGGCAGAGUCUGCGCAGGAAGUCCACUCUCAGCUCUCUGCUGUUUGGGGAGGAUGAGGCCGAGGUGCUGAAGGCUAAAAACAUCAAGCAGACGGAGCUGGUGGCAGCGCUGAGACAGGCCAUCGCACGCACCGCUGAGCACUUCCACUGCCUGGACCCCCGCAACUGCAGCACUGACCUCACUCCGGACUACUCCAUGGAGAGCCAUCAGCGGGACCACGAGAAUUUCGUGGUGGUGUCGCGUAACCGCCGGCGACGGGCCAAGGCCCUGCUGGACUUCGAGCGCCACGACGACGACGAGCUGGGCUUCCGCAAGAACGACAUCAUCACGAUCAUUUCACAAAAGGACGAGCACUGCUGGGUGGGAGAGCUCAAUGGACUGCGAGGCUGGUUUCCGGCAAAGUUUGUGGAGAUCCUUGACGAGCGGAGCAAAGAGUACUCUUUGGCAGGGGAUGACUCUGUGACGGAGGCAGUCACAGACCUGGCCAGAGGGACGCUGUGCCCCGCCCUGAAGGCCAUCUUUCAGCACGGCCUCAAGAAGCCCUCAAUCCUGGGGGGACCGUGCCACCCCUGGCUCUUCAUCGAGGAGGCAGCCAGCAGGGAGGUGGAGCGGGACUUCAACUCGGUCUACUCCAGACUGGUGCUGUGCAAGACCUACAGGCUGGACGAGGACGGGAAAGUGCUGACUCCCGAGGAGCUUCUUUACAGAGCGGUGCAGUCUGUCAACAUGAGCCACGACACCGCGCACGCCCAGAUGGACGUCAAGUUCCGCUCGCUGGUCUGCGUGGGCCUGAAUGAGCAGGUGCUGCACCUGUGGCUGGAGGUGCUGUGCUCCAGCAUGGCGGCUGUGGAGAAGUGGUACCAGCCCUGGUCCUUCCUGCGCAGCCCCGGCUGGGUGCAGAUCAAGUGUGAGCUGAGGGUACUGUCCAAAUUUGCCUUCAGCCUCUCCCAGGACUGUGAACUGCCUGCGAAGAGAGAGGAGAAGGAACAGAGACCACUGAAAGAAGGCGUUCAGGACAUGCUGGUCAAACACCAUCUCUUCAGCUGGGACAUCGAUGGAUAGACACACACACUCUCUCUCUCACACACGCACACACACAUGCGCACACACACACACGCACGCACAUGAACUGCCAAGACAUGUCAUGACCACACUAUCACAAACAUGCAAACACAGAGAAAUAUCAAUUUCAAAUAGACACCCUAACCUACACUGUACAAAGGACACCCCAGUACAAACACUAUGGAUCAUUGUGGCUGCCCUCCUUGCCUUGAAAUGCACCGUUUUUGUCUGCAUUGACUGAAGCCUUCAUCUCACUGAGAAACGGUCAGCCAAUGGAACGAUGCCCCCUGCUGGAGGCUAAAGGACACUGUUCACAGGCAAGACGAUGCCUCCGGUGUUCUGCAGAAUGGAGCGAUGCCCCCUGCUGGAGGCUAAAGGACACUGUUAACAGGCAAGACGAUGGCUCAACUGUUCCGCAGGAUGGAGCAGUGCCCCCUGCUGGAGGGUAACGGACUCUGCUCACAGGCAAAAAGACGGUUUAGAGGGCAGCCUGAAUAUGGACGGCUCCCCGCGGCAAUCUCCUGUUUGCGCUCAGCUCGUCAGGGUCCAGUCAUUUCUCAGUCUCCGUGUUGUUGUUUUUCUUUUCUUUUUUUAAACUCAUUUUCAUUUUUAAAAUGGCUGUGCUGGCUGCUGUCGCGAGAUAUGCCAUGUGGGGGGAAAAAAAAAAAAAACCGUGAAGCAGUGAUUUGCUGCACUUCUCUUGGGAAUAGUAGUCAUUACUAUUUUGCAAAGUAUUCUGUACGUUCCGGUUUCCUCAAACAGAGGAGCAUCUUUGCCACCAGUUAAUUUAACUGCCAUUCCUCCAGAUCGACUCACAGUAUGGCCCAUUACAGCUGUUCUCCGAGAAUCACAGUUACUGUCCGUCAUUCUCCGGGUUAUUCUGCUGAGCCCAGGCAGGUGGCGAGAGGGGGUUCAGUGUUUGUGACUGCUUCGUAAAGCAGUGUAUUUUUGUCUGAGAGGCUGGACACUGUUCCCACUCGUACAGGUGACGCUCGUUAACCAGUCAGUAAAAACAUUUUAUGGAUUUGCAAAGGCUGCCAUACGUACUCUUAAGUAACGGCCAAAUGUUUUGCCAAAAGAGCGCCUCUGUGUUUUUCUGUCAGAUUUGUACAUUUUGAUUUUUAGCCGGAUGCCGGCUCUUUGGCGAUGGGAGUGUACCACAUCCCUGAACGUGCAGUCACAGCCUCCGUCAGGAUGGGAGGCGGAACGGACACACGAGCUUUCAUGGUCCUAGUGUUGCAUGGAAGUUUAUCUUCUGGUCCGGUUGAGAGGGGUUUAUUUUUGUCUGCUUAUGAAACAGCCUCGUAGGUGGAAGGAAGGAACAGGUAGGGAUGUGUGUAGUCAUUCAAACUGGAGACAAGCAUCAUUGCCUUCAUCUGUAAACUGAUGUUAAAAGUGAAGCUGCUUUGUGUUGAGGCUGGAUUCACAUGCGUAUAUGAAUUGUAAUGUACAGUACGGAAAAAGUCGUUUAGUGUCACAGAUCUCAGAAGAUUGAGAGAGAUUGGCUGGGUGGGGAAGCACUGCAGUGCCAGUAGAAUCUGCUGGUGCACCUUCCCUGUCCUAUGGUCCAUGGUAUGUGAGCAGUUUGACGAAUCAAAGCCUCUGCCCACCCCCACCCCCUUUGCUCUGCUACGGUUGAAAGUGACCAAGAGAAACAAACAGGGCUUUCUGACAUAUCUACAGUAAGAAAAGAAUAAAGCUGUGUAUAUAUAUGUAAA